CAGGUUUGCGGACGUGGCGGCGGCGCAGAGCCGGGAAGGCGGGGACUUUGGCCUAGGCGGCCGCAGCGAGCGAAGAGAAAGAGGAGGACGGUGGCUGUCAAGAAGGCGGCUUCGGCAAUGAACUUGCCUGGGACGGCAGAAGCGGAGGAGGGCUUGGCAGCUGUCUCUUCGUGGCGUCCCACUUGCUAACGGGACAGGUUUUGACAUGGCAGGGAGGCAUCAGAAUCGUUUUCCUCUUCCAGGAGUUCUUUCGAGUGGUCAAGCACAUGCAUUUGGAAAUUGUACAGACAGUGAUGUGGUGGAAGAGGAUGCUGAAGUUUAUGAGCUUCGAUCCAGAGGGAAAGAGAAAAUCCGAAGAAGUACAUCAAGAGAUAAACUUGAUGAUGUUAUAGUAUUAACAAAAGAUAUUCAGGAAGGAGAUACUUUAAAUGCAAUAGCCCUUCAGUACUGUUGUACGGUAGCAGAUAUCAAGAGGGUUAACAAUCUCAUCAGCGAUCAAGACUUUUUUGCCCUUAGAUCUGUCAAAAUUCCAGUAAAAAAGUUUAGUUCAUUGACUGAAACACUUCAUCCUCCAAAAGGAAGACAAACUUCACGUCCUUCAUCUGUCCAAUAUGUUCCAGAACAACAGGACAUUUUGUCACUUAAUGAUUCUCUUUCUUCCAGUGAGUCAGCUGGUAGCUUUUUAAAAGAAGUAGACCGAGACAUAGAGCAAUUAGUAAAAUGUACAGACACCAAACGAGAAAACCUUAAUGAAGUGGUGUCUGCCUUAACAGCACAACAAAUACGUUUUGAACCUGAUCACAAAAACAUUCAACGUAAGGAUCCUUAUUAUGGAGCAGACUGGGGAAUAGGGUGGUGGACGGCUGUGGUGAUAAUGCUGAUAGUGGGUAUAAUAACGCCAGUAUUUUAUUUGCUAUAUUAUGAAAUUUUAGCUAAAGUAGAUGUUAGUCAUCAUUCAACAGUGGAUUCUUCACAUUUGCAUUCAGGAGUCACACCCCCAUCACAGCAGAAAGAAAUGGAAAAUGGAAUUGCUCCAACUAAAGGAAUAUCCUUUGGCCAACAGGAUGAUCAUAAACUCUAUAGUCACAAUUCUCCGUUUCCUGCUGCUCAAUAUAAAACAUAACAAUUAGCUCAUAAUGAUGAUGUUUAUGACCACAUGUUCUGGAAUGUGGUGAACCAGUUAUAUUCAAUAACCACUUCGAAGGUUGCUUGCUUUUCAAUUUUUGAGCCACUUACAAAUGGAUUGAGUACAAAAUCCCUGCAGUUGCUAGUUGAUAAUUGAGAACAGUAAAUCUACAUAUCUGUUUUAUCUAUCAGUGCUUAAGCAGAAAUGAAUUUAAAUAUGUGUCCAGGAAGUUCUCAACUUGGAAAACAUAAUUUAUUUAAGAUUGGUUAAUGUUUAAAUUUUAAGUAGUUUUUGGUUUAAGGUUAUUAAUGUUUAGUAAGCAGAAUACCACCAGAUAUGUGCAACUGAAGAAAAUUUACUAAUGUGAACCAUUAAAAUACUUAGUUGCAAAAAUGUUUGAUUCUAAAAUUAGCACAUACUUAAUACUCCAUUUUUUAAACUUUCUGAAAACAAGUUUAGCAUAUAUGCUAUGAAGAAAGACAUGAAGUAGACACAGAAGUGGGGAAACAAUGUGUAGUGUAUAAUAGAGACUCAGAGAUUAAAUACUAUAUUUAACCCCCUAAAUAAGGUGUUAGUAUUGGGACGUUGCCAGUUGGUCACCAGAACACUGGAUUAGGUAAAGAACCAAAAGUAAUCUGUCUCUUAAAGAAUGCUGCCUCAGCUUCUGGUUUUUAGGCCAUUAUACUUGCCUCUGGUAUUUGAAAGCACUUUUGUAAUUCUUUGAUGAAAAUUGUUAUACAUGUACCAGUUAGCAUUAUUUAGAAAAUAAUUCCCUACAUACUGUGCUGUGUUACAUGUGGUAACAUGCCUUAAUUACAUUUAAUGCCUUAUAAAAUAUGUAAGCAAAUAUUUUUAGAAUUAAAAGCAGGCAUUUUUUCAGACAGUCCAAUGGGAUUUAUAACAGACUGUAUAAAUUCAUCUCCACUUUUACCAUCAAGUGCAAAUUAAUGGGGUUAAAACAAGUUGUCAUUGUCUGCUUCUGAAGUUUGUUGCAGAAAAUGGUUCAUUAAACAAAAGCAGGAGUAAAGACACCUUUGACAUCAGCAACAACAGACACAUUAUUUAUUGAGCCCUUCACCUGUUUCUCUGUCACCUAAAUUGGACAGAGAAAGUGUCCAACUUAGACCUUUUUUACCUUUUAACUAUAGCACAAAAUUGGGUAACAGAAGCCAAAGUUGUAUGGUUAAAGAGUUUGAUAGUGCCAGAUUUUAAGGUCUGCUAUGGAUCUGCUAGGUAAGCUAUUGUAUAUUGAUUCUAUCGUUUAAUUUCUUAAAGUAUGUGUUUUUAAAAAUGUAACCAAAAUGAUUCAUUAGAAGCUCUGGUGGAGUCUGGAUGGCCUGUUUCAUGUAUAAUAAAGUACCUUACAAUCUAUAA